AUGAACAUCGGCGUCCCCAACGUGCUCGCGCUCGGCUUCGUACUGCUCGCGGGCACCUAUCUCUUCCGCUUUGUUUGGAACCCCGUCACUUUACUCGCAAUUCUCCCUCUCAUCCUUCUCUCUGGCACACUCUCCUCCAUCGGCGGAGCUUUAUACUUCGCUCACGUCCUCGAUGCGAAGCGACGAAAUACCCGCAAUGCCUUACGGGCUGCGGCACGACCCUUCACGUUCUCUACACCUGCCGCAUGGCAGGCUGUCCUUACCCGAUCGCAAUGGUCGCAAUCCACAUCGCAGGCGCUUCCACCUCUCAUACCCGACUCGCCUGAGGUGUCCGCAGCCAUAAACGAACUCAUCGACUUCAUACUGAGGGACUUCGUCGAGUCAUGGUACCAAAGCAUAUCGUCCUCAACCUCCUUCCCCGCGGCCGUCGCCAACAUCAUCCACGACUCGUUAGACAAGCUGCUGGCUAGAGCUAGUCAGAUCGACCUGGCCGCGCUCAUCAUCAAGCGCAUAUUACCCAAGAUCACCACCCAUAUCGAACAGUUCCGUCAAUCCGAGGUCGCACUUCGGGGGGCUGGAUUAGAGCGCAAGCUUACCCAGUCCGAGGAGCUCGAUCUCAUGUUGGCCGGUCGCUAUGGGUCCGAUGGAAAGGAGGCCCUGCAUCCAGCUAUCAGUAACUUGUCGACUGGAUACACCAAGCAGACGGAGGAGCAGCACCUCAGGGUACUUGUCGAGCGUGCACUACCCUUCAUACUUCCGGAGACGGAAGCGGAAAGCCAUGCCCUCGUUAUUGUUGUUCGCGAAAUCGCAUCUUGUGCCGUAUUAUGUCCCGUCAUGGAAAUGCUUGCCGAUCCUGAUUUUUGGAACCGAAUCAUUGACCAAGUCGCUGGAGCUGUAAUUCAGCAACAGCGUCUUGUUAACAAAGUACGAAACGUUUUGGAGGCCCAAUCCCCGCAACGUCCUGUCCAUCCUUCUGAAGAGUCGGUAGUCGCGCCUACGGAGGUCAUCACGAUCCAUACCGACCCGCGUCAUUUCGAGUCUUUCCUUCGCAGCAUAAAUCGAUGCUCGUCACUCUUGGACGCGCGUCGAUUGAAAAAUGAUAUUUUGGGUGAAAUACGUCGCACCAGAAUGCUACUAGCCAAUCACGAGAAGGAAGACUGGAUCGAUGGUCAGAAGACUGAAGAUGUCGUCGCUUUCCUGGACCGGUUAUAUACUGCUAAACGGAAGGUGGAACACCGCAUCGUCGUGCUCGGUGGCAAGGAUGAUUCCAAGAUUCCCUCCUAUCAAGAAGCUGGACCAAAGUCGGGCAUCACUCUUCGUGACGUUCUACGCAACCCCAACUCGCUCUCAUACUUCAUGGAGUUCAUGGAUCGGCGCCAGCGUUCUCUCCUAGUCCAAUUCUGGCUCACUGUUGAGAGCUUCAAGAACCCCCUUGAGGAUGUCGAUUCGGGCUCGGAUGACGAUGAGGAGCGCGUCGAGGACGUGGGCAUUUCUCAGACUGUCAAGGAGGAUAUCUCGAUGAUACACGACCUCUACUUCUCCGGACCCUCCCCUCAUCCAGCCUUGAUCUCGAUAUCUCGCAAGUAUGUAGACGAUAUCCGGGAGUUUGCCCGUGACGAGGGUCUCCCAUCUGCCAAAAGCCAGCGUCGCGUUCGGCGCAGCGUGAUGCUCGCGCAGCGACAGGUGGAGAUGGACAUGGAGCAAGACUUCGAGGAUUUCGAGCGCUCCGAGCUGUGGUUCAGAGCCACCACCGACAUGGACCAAGGCUCGAAGAAGAUCGACGCGAGUCCAAACAUCAAGGAUCGGCAUCCUGAGCGCGUCCUCACCUCUCCGAUGCCCACCAAGGCGAAGCACCACCACACUACGGCGCCCAUUCCUCGAUCCGAAUCGACGCCCAUUCCGCCCGUUGUAGCACCUCCUAUGGUCCGCUCAAACUCCAGUCAGUCGACCAAGUCGGUCCCGUCGUUGCGGAAGGGCAUAAACCCUGCAAUGGAUGACCUUCUGGGAACCCCCGAAUCUGGCUCGUCGAGAGCACCACUCUUUGACGACCCGGAGGAUGAGGAGCAGCGUAAUGAGGAAGAACGGAUGGAUGCUAUACAGGCCGCCCUUACGGACAUACUGGCCUUCGAGCAGGAGCCUAUCGAGAAGGUCUCCAGCGAGGAGGACGUGGCUGUCGAGCGCGAGGUCCUGUACCCUGUCGUCUCUCGCUCGUCCGGCACCCGCAAGCAUCGCGUGCUUUUCGAGGACGAAGUCAUGAUGGACGAACCCGAAGAUCCCGACCCAAAGAUUGAGGAUGGCGAAGCGGAGGGUGAGAACGAGGGCGAACCACCCCACGUCGUACACGUCGGGCCCGGUGAUCUCCAGCUAUCCUACGAGAUCUCUCGAUUGACUAGCCACAUGGAGAAGCUGGAAGCACAGGACAAGAUGCUCGAUGCGUUCAUCAAGAAAGCGGAGCUCACGGGCGACAUGCGUGAGCUACGCAUCCUCACGCAGUCCAAGACGACGGUCAACCGUGAACUGGCGGAGCUACGGUUCAAGAAGCACCAAUAUGAGCAACAAGAGAGCGCGAACCGGUUGUUCGCAGGGCGGACAAAGGUGUCCAUCGUCAACCAGACCGUGGGGGAGGAGGACGGGAAGUCAGUCGUGCGCUACUUGAUCGAGGUGCAGCAGUUGGCGCUCGAUGGCAGCUUUGCGUCGGGGUGGGUCGUUGCGCGGAGGUACAACGAAUUCCUGAGCAUGCACAACAAGGUCAGGGAGAAGUAUCCACAGACGAAAUCGCUGGACUUCCCCGGGAAGCGACUGGUCACGGCACUAUCGGCAAACUUCCUGGAGUCAAGACGACUCGCGCUGGAGAAGUACCUUCAGGGUUUGAUUGCGAUCCCUGCUGUCUGCGAAGGCGAGGAGCUGCGUAUUUUCCUAUCUCGCGACUCGCCCUUCGUCGCGUCUGCACCGCCCGUUGUUGGCAAAGACAAGUUCUCAGGCUCGGACCUGGUGCGAAACGUCUAUCGCUCCGUCGCUACCAGCAUCGACGACAUGAUCUUCGGACCUUCGAUGCUCGAUGUACUCAUACAACGCCUGACGCGUCAGGCGGCUGAGUUCGCCGGCCUCGCGGGUAUGGGAAUGACUGAUGAGGAGGCCGUCGCACGAGCGUUGCGCGCGUCCGGCAGGAGCGACGCUGCGUUACUGCAGCUCACAGGCGCGGAGGGCGAGGCUGGUUCUGCGGCAUUUGCAGCGCCCAUCUGUGAUCUCAUACUGGCGGUGUUUGAGCUGAAGCGGGAGAACAAUGUGAACUGGCUUAGGCGGCAGGCCAUAGUGAUCAUUCUGCAGCAGGUGCUAGGAGGGACCGUUGAGCGGAAAACGCGGGACAUCGUCAAGGGGUUGCUAGAGGAGAGUCGCGUCAUGUCCUACAUCAACAUCUUUCGCGAUAGUUUGUGGCCCGGCGGCAAGCUCAAGUCCCCGUCCAUACCUCGCACGACCGAAGAGAAGAUGCGUACGCGCGAUGAGGCUAACAAGAAGCUAUCGUCUGUCGUUCCUGACUUCGCUGCUAAUAUGAUUGGUCGCUCAAAUGCGCGGCGAGGUGCACGUCGCAUCUUCGCAGUGCUACAGAAUCGUCGAUUGAAUCAGCACAUCGUUUAUACCAUCGUCGACGAAGUGUUCGCUGCGCUCUUCCCGGAGGCUCAGCAUGAGCCGCGACAGACUUAG